AUGACCUCCACCACUGCUGACAUUCCUCUGCAAGACAUGAAUGGACCACCACACUCUCAACAAGAACAAGAACAACAACAACAGAACACUCAUCACUUGGUGGUCACUCAAAGUGCCACUCAAUUCCAACAAGUCGAAGAUGACUCGUCCGUCCUUGUCAUUGAAAUGACCAAUGACCAGAAACAACAACAAAUGGACCUUGGUGACAACAAUGCUUUAAAUUCUUCUUCAUCGUCCUCAACGAACCACUCGGUGCAAGUGGAACAUCAACCAAAUUCUCGGGAAUCUUUUGGAACUACCAUCACAAGACAAUACUUUUUCGAACAGCAAUGUUUCAUGGAGUGGAACAACAUUUCAUAUCCAAGUUUGAAAAAGCCACUUCUUUACAACUUGUCAGGAUUUGCAGUGCCUGGUAAGAUCACCGCCAUUGUUGGUCCAGCAGGUUCUGGCAAGAGCAUGUUGUUGAGAAUUUUAUCUCGGAGAGGACCUUUCAAGUUGCAUGAUGGAUCCAUUUCCAUAAAUGGACAAGUGAUUCAAGACAAAUUGAGACAUGGACUCAAAGCUGAAACCAACAAGUAUCGUUCCUUAGUGUCCUUCGUUUCUAAAGAUUACAACUUGACGGACCUGUCACUCACCGUAAAAGAAACCUUGCAAUAUGCUCUACGAUUCAAAAUGCCUUACAAAACCUCAAAUAAUCCCUUGUGGACCACUCGUGAGGAACGUUUGGAAAUGCUCUUGAAAAACUAUCGUCUCAAACAUAAGGAACAUGCAUUGUGUAGCUCUCUCUCGAGUGGUGAACGAAAAAGAUUAACCAUUGCAGUUCAGAAUGUGAAUUUUCACAGAGUGAUCAUUUUGGAAGAUCCAACAGAUGGCAUGGAAUUUGGUGAAUCACUCAUGAUUAUCAAAACCAUGAAAAUUAUGGCCCGAAUGGGAAUUAGUGUCAUCAUAUCGGUUCAUAAACCUUCAUGGAAAGAAUUGGAAUUGUUUGACUAUGUUUCCAUAUUGGAUCGAGGAAGACAAAUUUAUUUUGGACCACCUCUACGAAUGGAUUCUUAUUUUCGAUCGGUAGGAAUUGAUACCAUGAACAUGGAAGAAGAUUCCAAUGAUGAUGAACAAAUUUGUGAAAGUGAAGGAAAAACAAGAAGAAGAAUUGACUAUAGAUCUGAUGGAGAUGUUCAUCAAAAUAGUUUGGAAAAUUUAUUGCAAUUACUGUUUGUGCAUGAACUUGCAAGUAAGAUUGCACACGAUGAGAUGAGUACAGAGAGGCAUCUACCGAUCAAACAAAUGAUUGAAAGUAAUCACAUGGAUGCUAAAAUUAUGGAACAGAGAGAUUAUUUGGCAGAAGCGUUUGAAAAGAGAUUUUCUGACUUUUACCUUCCACAAAAAACACUCGAAGAAAAACACUUUAUUCAAAAUCAGAUCCAAAACCAAAAUCAAACCCAAAAUCAAAACCAUCCAAACCCAAAUCAAAACCAUCUUCUCGAGAAUAUUCACACUGAAAAGUAUCUCACCAAUUAUUGGCUCUCCAUUGUUUAUCUCAUCAUGCGAUUGUUCACAGUGAAAAAGAGAAGAUGGGCCACCGAAUUUUUGGCUCCAUUCAUUGAAAAGACUCUUAUUGGAAUUGGCAUUGGAUUAUUGUAUUUGCAAGUAGAUGCUCCCAACAUGGCCAUGCGUGCGCGUGUGUUUGCAUUCCUCAAUUACAAUCUUUCAUUGACUUUUGGUGUUGCCAUUCGAGUCUUGAUACAACAAAUUCCAACUCUCAUGCAAGAACGAAUGAAUUCAUCAUCGUAUCGAAUCAGUGCCUUUUUCAUUGCCAAAACAAUUGAAGAUUUAUUUGACUUUACAAUUUAUCCAUUCAUCUUUGGAUUAGUGGUCUAUUUCAUGACAGGAAUGAGUAUGGAUGCAGGAAAGUUUUUCACAUUCUCUGCUUGUUUUAUUGUCUAUAAUUGGGCAUGUAUGGCAUUGGCUCAAGCUUUGGUGUGUGUCUUUCCAUCUCCUUUUAUAUUGGGAUGGUUAUGUGUGGUGGUGAAUAUUUACUUUAUUUUAGUGUCAGGAGCGUAUGGACAGACCAUGUUGCCAAGUGGUUUGCAAUGGACGAGUUAUUUGAGUUAUUUGUAUUAUGGAUUUCGUUCGAUGGCGAUUAAUGAAUUUGCUGGAGUGAUUAUUCCAGUGAAGAAUGGAACUGUGCUACCUGUCACAUAUUUUACGAAUGGAACCUUGUUUUUGAAGAAGGCUUACAAUAUUGAUGAAGGAUGGUAUAUGAGUUGGGUCUAUAUUGGAGUGUUGUUGGGAUACUUUUUGAUUUGUAAAUUUAUUGGAUAUCUUGGAUUGAAAUAUAUUUAUGGAAGAAAGAGUCCAAAGAGAAUUAUUGUGAAAUUAUUGAGAUGUUGUGGAAAGUGCAAGUAG